UGAAGCGUUUAACCAACCUAACUUUUAAUUGUUUGAAAGGAACGCUGUAUUAUCUUAUUUUUCUUUAAAUAUAAUUGGAAUUUAUAACAAUGUCAAAAGCGCAUCCCCCAGAAUUAAAAAAAUUUAUGGAUAAAAAGCUCUCCUUAAAAUUAAAUGGUGGCCGGCAAAUUAUAGGAAUAUUAAGAGGUUUUGAUCCAUUUAUGAACCUUGUGGUUGAUGAAUCGAUUGAGGAAUGCAGAGACGGUUCAAAAAAUAAUAUAGGAAUGGUGGUUAUUCGAGGAAACAGUAUAGUAAUGCUAGAAGCCCUAGAUAGGAUUUAAUUCAUUAGGAACUUAAUUUAAUAUUUUGUACAUGUUAAGAUUUAUAUAAAUAAAAUUAAGUCACAA